CAACACCAAUCACAGCUACUUCUUCAACUCAAAUUUCAACACAUCCUUACUCCAAAGCUCGAUCAUCAUGGCUAUUCUGGACUCUCUCCCUGGCGUUAAAGUCACUGUGGUCGUCGAUGGUGAGGAUCUUCACGAGUACCAGGAUACCGACAUGGAAGAUGAGGAGAACACUGUCACCAAGUACGUCGAGGCUGUUACUGGUGCAAACUUCGCGAUAAAGUUCAAGGGCUCUCGAGAGCUCGAGUACAAGGGCGAAUACCUCAGCCUCGAAGUUUUGGUUGACGGAUUGUGCAUCGAUAGACCAUUGAUUGGUCGUGAGAGAACACGAAAGGGCAGUUACACCUAUCUAAGUGAAGGUCUCACUGUCAGAGCUGGGUAUAUGAGAAGGCUCAGGUUCAACACACUAGAGACCGUCACUGAGCACGGCUUUGGAUUACCCGCAGAUCUCGAGCGUGUCAAAAAUAUGGGCAAAAUCGAAGUUCGUCUGACCCAUGAAAACAAGGUUAAGCGUACGGAGGCGGUUUACAACAAGGUCGUGGAUAAUGAAGGAAUCAUUUCAGAAAAGGCUAUCAAGGGCCAGGCAAUGACUCACUCCUUAGGUUUGGACCCGGUUACCCCUAUCGCCUCUGGGAUUUGCAAGACCAGAGUCUCGAGUUGCAAGACCACAGUCUCGAGUUGCAAGCCUGUCGAAGGAGUUCAGAACCCUGCAGCUACCUUCGUGUUCUUUUACCGAUCGAAAACUUCAUUGAAAGAACUGAUGAUCAUUCCGAGAACUCCUUCGCCCGUGCCCCUGGAAGAUCGUCCUGAAGAAGAGCUCAACCCCGAAGAAAUGGCAGAGUUGGUCCGUCUACUGAAAGCCAAGGUUGCCGUGACUUCUCAGGUCAAAAAAGAAGUCAAGAGAGAGCUGGAAGAUGAUGAUGACAACGACUCCCGUGCACGCAAGAGAGCUCGUCCGUCCGCUAGCGCAAUAAACUUCGAAAUCAACGACGAUGACACCUUCACCGAAGUUGCUGUGAUCCACAAGGAGAAGGAGAAGGAAGUCAUCGCUUUGGACUGAUCUAGAAGCCGAAACUGGGAAGACGGCAUUCAUCACCACACGAUAGUUGACAUCGGAAACGAAGCACAACAGAGACGUAGAGAAGUAUCAUCGAUAAAUGGAGAGGAAGGAGACGAGACUUAGCACGCUUUCGGCGGGGCCACAUGCAAACAGGCUGAGGAAACACAAAGAAACAGGUGCUGAGACAGCAAACAUUUUACAUAUAGCUUGACUUUGCACAGAGCACACAAUUCAUAAACAAGCGG